GGAUUUGGCUCUCCUUUCAGUGUUCUCCACUGCUCUGCUAAACCUCUCUCUGUCUCUGCUCACCUUUUUUUGCACAUCUCUUUAAGAAGAAACAGCCAUGUCUGUCCAAGCAACCAACAUGAAGUCUGUCAGGAGCAGCUAUAGCACAAGCGGUGGGGCUGGUCUCAGCAGCAGCCGCAUUUCUGUGGGAGCAGGACAGUCGUUUUCCUCCAGAUCUGCUUUCUCGGCCAGACCAACAGCUGUAGCCAGCUUUCCAAGUGCCGUAAAGCUCAGGCCUGACGGGGGAUUCAGCUCUGGUUCUGCUUACAGCUUUGGCUCUGGUUCCAGCUUUCGCAUUAGCAGUGGUGCUGGUUUUGGAUCUGGCUCUGGUUUUGGCGGUGGUAGAAUUGGUUUCGGUACAGGCUUUGUACCUGGAGUUGGAGGCCCUACAAUGCCAAUGAUCACGUCCGUUCAGUUCAACCAGAGCCUGCUGACCCCCCUCGACCUCAAGAUCGACCCCAACAUCCAGGUUGUCCGUAACCAGGAGAAAGAGCAGAUCAAGACCCUGAACAACCGCUUCGCCAACUUCAUCGACAAGGUCCGUUUCCUGGAGCAGCAGAACAAAAUGCUGGAGACCAAAUGGAGUUUCCUUCAGGAGGAGACCACCACACGCUCCAACAUCGACGCCAUGUUCGAGGCGUACAUCGGCAACCUUCGCAGACAGCUGGACGGGCUCGGCAACGAGAAGAUGAAGCUGGAGGGAGAAGUGAAGAACAUGCAAGGAUUGGUGGAGGACUUUAAGAUGAAGUAUGAAGAUGAAAUCAACAAGCGUGCCUCUGUGGAGAACGAAUUUGUGCUCCUCAAGAAGGAUGUAGAUGCCGCCUUCAUGGGCAAAAUUGAGCUGGAGGCCAGGGUAGAUGCUCUUCAAGAUGAAAUUCAAUUCCUCAGAAGUGUCUACGAAGCGGAACUCAGUGAGCUUCAGGGACAGAUCAAGGACACCUCAGUCAUCGUGGAGAUGGACAACAGCCGCGACCUGGACAUGGACUCUAUUGUGGCUGAAGUCAGAGCUCAGUAUGAGGAGAUUGCCAACAACAGCCGAGCUGAAGCUGAGAAGUGGUACCAGCAAAAGUUCCAGGAGAUGAAGGGUAAUGCAGAUAAAGCUGGAGAUGACCUUCGCAACACCAAGAUGGAGAUUUCUGAGCUCAACCGCAUGAUCAGCCGCAUCCAGAAUGAGAUCGAGGCUGUCAAGGGACAGCGCUCCAACCUCGAGGCCCAGAUCGCAGAGGCCGAGGAGCGUGGUGAGAUGGCAGUGAAAGACGCCAAGCUUCGUAUCAAGGAACUGGAAGAGGCCCUGCAGAAAGCCAAACAGGAUAUGGCCAGACAGGUCCGCGAGUACCAGGAGCUCAUGAACGUCAAGCUGGCUCUGGACAUUGAGAUUGCCACCUACAGGAAGCUUCUGGAAGGAGAAGAGUACAGAAUUUCCUCCGGUGGUGGCGCCACAAACAUCCGGGUGCAGUCUUCAAGCUCCGGUGGUGGUGUUAGUUCAGGAAUGGGCAGCGGUAUGAGCGGAGGUUGGGGUGGAGGUUCCAGCAGCUUCGGAUAUGGCUCAAGUGGAGCUGGAGGAUAUGGAGGAGGCAUGUCCAUCGGAGGCUUCAGCUCAAAAAGCACCACCAGUCGGGUCUCUACACGCUAUUAAUAAAAAUAUCAACGUUUGUUGAAGCCCUCACCCACUGUUUGCUCCAUGAAUCCACUCAGGCUUCCAGAAACCCAGUCCCAUCUUCUCCUGCAUACACAGCAUUUGCUGACAUUUCCUGGUAGAGAGAGUCUGUUCUUUUAUCCAAAAACAAGGCAGAAAAAUAGUAAGACCAAAAAGCAAGAGCCACAGAGAUUUGAGUCAAUCCUGUCGUCUUUCGAACAGUCAGCCUGGCUGUCUUUUGGUUGCUGGAUAUGCUGUUGAGCAGACAAAGCAAAACUUGUAGUGUAACAACAGAAAAUCCUGAAAACAACAACCACUAAGCACAAUGAGCGACGUCUGUACAAAAGGAGGACUAGAUACACUUCUAAAAUUGCAUGCACUGUGUAGGACAUUUAGUUCCACCACAAUGACUCCUUUUAUUUUUAACUUGUGCAAGUUACCACCACCAAAAGCAGUCCUAUGUAAUGUUCUUUUUCCUCUUCCUUCUCACUUCCUGUUCCAGAGGGAACUCGCAGCUGCCAUAUCUCUAAAUAAAUGGUUUCUUUUGAUGUAAUUUUUUCCUGUUCACAAACUUACAUGAGGCUGACUGCUACAACCAGAUUUAUAAUGAAUUGUACCAUCGAAACAUCUGUAAUAAAUCUGUGUUCAAUUUCCUAA